AUGACCUCCAGGGUCCGAGCUCAGCAGCAGCCCCCGGGGAGGCCCCUCAGGACGGGGCUCCAGGUGGAUGCUCAGGUCUCAUGGACGGUUCUCCCGCAGGGCUGUGUGCCGGCCAAGGAAGCAGGACAACUGACGGUGAGUUCCUUCAGUCAGACCCUCCCUCCCCUUCACUCCAAAGUCCCCGUGUCCUGUCUCUUUCCUUCAAGGGGCUUCCUGACAGCAGACGAGGGCACCAAAUCCUGUCCCCAAAUCUGCUUCCUUCCAGAGUCCCUUCCCAAGCCCUCCCUCAGGGCCUGGCCCAGCUCGGUGGUGCCUCACAAGAGUAAUGUGACACUGCAGUGCCAAACGUCUACCAAGAAUGUCAACUUUGUUCUCAGAAAGGGAAAAGUUCCACUGCAGUCCGUGCAAUCACAGGCUUCCACAGAGGGCCUGGCUGAAUUUCACCUCACUGACCUAAAAACCGACAAUGCUGGAGAGUACAGCUGUGAGUACUACAGACUAGGGAGCCCGUACGUAAGUUCGCGGCCCAGUGACGUCCUCCUACUGCUGGUGACAGGAGAUUUAACAAAACCUUCCCUCCAAGCCCACCAAAGGGGUGAGGUGACCGCAGGAGACACCGUGACCCUGCAGUGCCAGAGGCCAGACAAUAUUUUCGCGCCUGUAAUGUUCGCUCUACUGAAGGCGGGGGCAGCAGAGCCCAUACGGGUCCAGAGUCCUGCAGGGAAGGAGACGGACUUCUCCCUCCAGACUGUGACAGUCAGUGAUGCCGGGAACUACAGCUGUGUGUACUUUCUGAUGAGGCCUCCCUUCCUGACCUCACAGCCUAGUGAUCAUCUUGAGAUCCGGGUGACAGCUCCCCCAGAUGCCACGUCGGGGGAUUACAUCAUGGGCAACCUCAUCCGACUGGGUCUGGCUGCCAUAAUUGUGGUGAUCAUGGGGGCUCUCAUGGUGGAAGCCUGGUGCAGCCAGAAGGAGUCUCCACGUGGAUCGACAUGAAACAGCUGAGCGCCUCUCUUGUUCAUGGGCUGGUGUAGUGACACGGGGUUCUCUAAACACCAAACUCUACCAUGGGACUUUUUGUGUUUCUCAACAUGCACACAGAUGGCUUUUUGGUGGGAUAUUUCUUCACCAUAUGGGACUGUCCUGUUCAUUGUGGGAACAUUUAGCACCGUUCCUCUUUCCCAUUAAAGAGCAGUUGAAGCCCCAGUCAUUGUGGAAGAAGAUAACAAGCAAGUACUACUGUACUUUUUCCAGGACCCCUAGAUAUGGAGGAUGGGAGUGGGGUGGUG